GAUAUGAUGGGAUCCGAUUAUCAUCAUGGGCUGUUAGCUUUAAAACGCGUCUGGUCGAUAUCCCUGAUCUUCCGUACCCUCUGAGCAGCAAACAAGUCACUCAUCGUCUAGCGAUGCCAUCGGCAAUCAAGGACCACACUGCUGUAGAGAAAUCUGAAGAUCUUCCCUCAAUCUUGUCCAAGAAAUUCAACAUCUCUGAUGUCAAACAAGACGCGCUCAAGUGGAAUAAGGAGUGGGAGGCGGCGAUCGCAUCGUCGACUGCGGCAGACGUCCUUAAGGAGAUAUCUCAUUUCCUGGAUGAUUCUUUCUUUACUCCUGAUGACAUCGAGUUCUUCCACCAGGAUCUUCGCCGCGUCCAAGAUCAUGUAGCUGAAAUCUUGCGUAGCCUGUUUAACGAAGGUCACUUUGACACCAUCUGGUUGUUGUUGAAUGCCGCUGAGCAGAGGAGACAUAUCCUCGAAGGCCUGAAGGGGGCAUCUGAAGCACCUACGCUUUGGGGGCAAGAUUGUCGUGCUCUUUGCCCAGAGGUUACAGUAUCGAACUUCUUAACGCAGGGCGGGAAGAGCUUCGUCGACUUUCUCACUCGUGUCUUGGAGAUAUCCGAGUCGUCCACUAAACCAGCAUUCCUACCAAACUCAUGGUGGGAACAGGCGUCGAACCUGCCAAAUCCAUGGUGGGGACAGGCCUCAGAUGUUUCACCUCGAAAACAGGUAUCUCAAAGUACAAAGGUUUUGUUCGAAGUCGCGACCAUCAAUAGGAAUAAGUUUAUCGCGCAUUUUGUCAUGUCCUCAGCAUUGUCGAUCGUAGGUGACAUCACCAAUCGUAGCGAGGGGAUGAAAGGAGCUCUGCACAUCAUGGAGAAUACCGAGGGAUACAUCGCUCGAUCUUUAGCAGGGGUCAAAACGACUCUCAGGGAUAAACCUCUUAUCCGCUGCGAAAACUGCACGAAGACGCCAGAAGACAUCGGACAAGGUGUUCGCUUCAUGGUGUGUAGUGUCUGCAAAACAAAACUCAAAUUCGAGGUACACUAUUGUUCUCAAUCCUGCCAGAAGCAAGACUGGUCUCUUCACAAGCAAGCUUGUGGUAAGAAACCGGUGUCGAAGGGUCUGAGCGGAACCAAGGGAGACUCCCUUUGGGCAUUCGGCGACUCCAAUCCCGCCGUCGACAUGAUUCGCAACCUCGGCAAGAAGAAGGGUCAUCACCUCACAAGCCUCAGAGACGUCGGCGUAAAUCCCUGUAAGGGUAAACGUUCCCCUGCUGCGGAGCGUCAAGCCGAGAUGCUCGAAGCUGACAGAAAUGUCGAUUACUUCCUCUUCACUGCGAGCGGUGAAACGGUUCGCUUUGUGAUCGAUGACCCAGGAGCGAAAAUGGUCUUCCGGAUCAACCGCGGUGUGAUCAUGAUGCAGACUGGUGAUACCGGUCUUGAUGCUAUGGGGGAGUACAUGCUCAAAGUCAUGAGCGGAUAUCCCGGAUUGAGUCGGGACAUCAUCCUGUGAGGAACAUGGGCCGGACACUGCCAAACAGAUCGUGCAGCUGGAGCGGAAGACCCGAGAACGUGGAAAGGGUACGUUUAUAGAGAGCUGGUUGAAGGAUUCAACGAACGUGUUUGGGGAUUGGUCUUGGCUCGGAUCGCUUUGAACGUUUCGAAGUGGUACGAAUUUUUUCUUGUUCAGUCAUCUCCCUGAUCUGCGUUCACAGUUGCUACGCAUGUUUGGUAUGUCAGAUAUUUGGGUUUCGCUCGCGGUCAUCAACCAUGUUCUUUAUAAAAACUCAAAACGCCAGAGUUUCCUUUGUUUUCUUUUUGGGUUUUGCCUUUGUCACGACCGGUCGAUAGUCUUCGAACAAGUUACGUACGGUAUCCGUUGAUGUCGAGCGUCGGCGACGUUCGUUUACAUUUCACUAUCAAUUGUCGUAGUCGUCCAUGUGUGUUAACGUCCAAUUCAAUUGGCGCUAAGUUUCGAGUCCUCCUAGAUGUCCAAAGGAAAG